AUGUCGCAGCGUAACAGCUGGUUACGGGGAACCACCGUCCGAAAGUCUGGUCCCUCCACUACCGCUAACACUCGGACAAGCACACCACAACUUCAAAAUUCUUCGGGCACAAUUUAUGGAGGCGGUGUAAAGGACCCUUCGGGGAGGACCACUGAAUACUUUUCAAUGGAUGACCAAUGCCCUGUGUGCAAGUCUGACAGGUAUCUCAACCCCAAACUGCGUCUUCUCGUUUCGGCAUGCUACCAUAAAAUGCAAGCAACUUCCUGCAUUGAUCGCCUAUAUACACUGGGCCCGGCGCCGUGCCCCGUUUGCAACAAGAUUCUCCGGAAGCUUGCAUUCACUCCUCAAACGUUCGAAGACCUUACCGUAGAGAAGGAGGUUGCGAUCAGGCGAAGGAUAGCCAAAGAAUUCAACAAACGGCGAGAAGACUUCGCAGACCUUCGCGCGUACAACGACUAUCUUCAGUGGGUAGAAGAUAUUGCUUUCAAUCUCAUCAACGACAUCGACGUCGCCGAGACCGAGGCCGAAAUCAAAAAAUACCGCAUCGAAAAUGCAGCGCUCAUUGAGCUCAACAUGAAGCGGGAAGAAGAGUACAACAGGUACCUCCAGGAGCAAGAGGAGGCAGAGCGCCAAGAGCGCGAGCUCCGUGCCCAGGAGCUUCGUCGAAUCGAAGAAGAGGAGCGCGAAGAACGCGAGAAGGGUAAGCAAGCAAUCAUCGACAAACUGGAAACCAGCGACAAGGAUGCUUCUCGCCUUGUCGCCAAGUCCCGUCUUGAAGCCCAGCGUCGUGCAUCGGCCCGCGCAGCGUCGUCCACUUCAUCCUUCAACCAGAGCAACGCUCGCUUGCUGCGCUCGCGAGCAGCUCAAAGCACGGUGAUACCAGACGUCCCUCACGUUGCCAUCCAGGACGACUACUAUAUCUACGACGACAUGUUCACGAUAAAGGACUCGUACCACGAUCCGGCCAGCGAGGCCGUACGUCGAGACAGGGAGGGCAUCAUGCGCGCUGGUGGUUACAUGGUCAAUCAAGCUUGGGAACGAGCGUUGCGAUUUGCUGUCGCGGGGUUGGAGAUCGCACCGUUAUCUGGUAUGCCAGACCCAGCCCAGGUACCAAUGGCCGUUGAUGGCGAGGGCACCUCAGAUGUGGUCAUGUCUACUGCAUCAUGA